CGUUUCAAUUGCAGAAUGUCUUCAAAAGUCAACGCAAUGCAGCUAUUUUGCCUGUUAUUGGGAUUGGUUUUAAUUGCCGAUCAUGCGACCACAGCUCUUAACCUUACGGACUGUUUUAUGAGUUCAAGCACAGAAGACUUAGAUUUAGAAAAGUUUUCUGGAAUCUGGUGGGAAGUUGCUCGUCAACCUUCAAGCAGCGAUUUCUGCACUGAAGUCAAUAUUACGGCGCUGAAUCCGGCAACAACAACGGAUAAUACGACUGUUCUUAUUGCCACAACAUAUUCGAAUACCGUUGACUAUCCAUGGGUUAAUCAGACCAUGAAUGCCACAUUGUCAGUGAAUAAAUCUGAGUUAGAAUACGGUUUUGAUUUCCUCUACUGGAAUCCACCCAACUACACACCAAAGACAGUGUUUAAAGUUUUGGCAAUAGACUACACGGAAUAUGCCUUUGUUUGCGGUUACACCAAUUCCUCGGAUAAUUCAACUUCAUUUGGCAUACUGCUAUCCCGUGAUCGUACCCCAAAUACAACGACUUUACAGUCCUGGCAGCAAAACGCUUCGGCUUUAUAUCCAAAUUUUGAAGUUGAUGGCAUGACAGUGAUUACCCAAGAUGAUACUUGCUAUGCAGCUGGAGCCAAUCCCUCUUCAGUUCUAUCGAUGCUUUGUUUUGCUUUGUCUUUUAUCAUUUUUGUAUAUUUAAAGUAAAUAUUUUCGUAUAAUAAAUUAUUAAUUGCUAUAAUUAUUAUAGCUUGAGUUGCUCAUAUCAAA